GGGGAAUGGAUGGACCAGCAGCAGGGUGACGUAGCUACACCAGAAAAGAUCAUUCUGCAUUCAUGUUAAUGUUCUUCAAGGAUUAUCGAGAUAAGUUGUGCAGGAUAAAUGUUUCAAUCAGCUGUGGUUUUAUUGUCAUUAAUUUCAUUUAAUUUACCUCGUGGUGAUCUGAAAAUGCAUUUUUAUCAGCGAAUGACUUUAGCAUGAGGGGUCUAAGGUUUCAGGUCUCGGCCACUUCAGAGAAAUGACAUGACGACACAAACAUUAGACUGGAAGAUCAAUGCACAUGAAAAAUACUGGCAGUUUCAUGAGAAAAGCCACACACUGCCACAUCCUCCUUCAAUUCUUAAUAAAGCCACCACAAAACACAGUAAGACACACUGCAUGUUCUCAGUCAGUCUCAGUGUUCCUCUCUCGCACGCUCUCUCUAUUCGUUUGUCCAACCAUUUACCCACAUUUGCCCUCAUUUAUUUGCCCACAUCACUACUCAGACCACCAAACAUUUCCAUCUACAAACCACUACCUUUGCUCCACCUCCCAUCUCUGUCUUUAUAUUGGCAGGUUGCAAGCAUUGCCACAAAUACUCAGAGACCCUUAGAGUCAUCAGUCAGAUGACUAAAAUAAUGUAACGGCCGCUUCAAGCACAGUAGCAAGCUCCAGGCCGUUUGACCAUGGGCGUUUCAACCGUUACCUUUCGGAUGGCCGUCUAUCUCACCCUCAUACCCCUGACUACCCAGUCAUGCACUAGAGGCCUACCCCGUGAGUGCAAAGAGGCUGAGUUUGCCCCAGGAUCCAACCUGGCCGGUGAGGGCUUCGACAUCACCAAGAUGCAGCGCAAGGGAGCCUUCGUCAUCGACAUGAACCUAUGGAGGCGGGAGAAUAACACCUGCAUGCUGUGCGGGAACCCGUAUCAAGAGGGGAAGAUGCAGAAAGUCCCACUACCUGUGGUGGACUGGAGAGUCAGUCAGAAAUGCGACAUUAAGGUUGCCAGCUCACAGUACCAGUCCAGUGAGUCCCUGGUCAAAGCCAGUACCUCCAGUGUGGAGAACAACUGGAAAGCUGAUUUAGAAGUAGAGACCAAACGUGUGGGUGGCUCCUUGAUGCUGGCUGGAAGCCAGUCCAAAUUGGCUGAGUACUCCAUGGAAAAAACUAAAAAGGACAAGUUUACCUUCUUGAGCCAUAAGAUGGUCUGUAGCUACUACAGCUACAGGGUUUCCAACCAGCCCCCUCUCCACCCAGAGUUUCAGCACGCCAUUAAUCAACUUCCAAAGAAAUACAGCAGUGUGAACAAGCAGCGUUUCUACAAGCUUAUCAACAACUAUGGCACUCAUUACAUGACAAAGGUGACUCUGGGCGGGAUGGUGCAGUCGGUGACCAGCAUCAGGCAGUGCAUGGCCUCUUUACAGGGCCUGUCCUCAGACGAGAUCAAGAUGUGUCUGGAUGUGGAAGCCUCAGCCAGCGUGGGAGACAAAGUCAAGUCAGGGGCAGAGAUGAAGCACUGUCAGGAGGCAAAGGAGAAGACAGAGGCCAAGAACAGUUUCUCCAACAACUUCAGUGACAGGCUCACAGAGAUCUUUGGUGGCCACACCACCGAGCCUGAGCUUCUCUUCUCUGCAGACAAAGACCCGGCUGCUUACAAGGAGUGGCUCUCCUCCCUGCCACUCAACCCAGAUGUGAUCUCCUAUUCACUGGAUCCCCUCCAUGAGUUGCUGCCCCCCAACCUUCCACUGAGGAAAGAGCUACGUAAAGCAAUUAGACAUUAUGUUCUGGAGAGUGGACUCUGGCAAAACUGCACUGAGCCCUGCAAGUCUGGCAUCAAAAGAAACGAAAAGGAGCCCUGUACGUGCAGUUGCCAUGGUGAUCCUGGUGUUGGAAGUGACUGUUGUCCCACUAAACGUGGUCUUGCUCGGGUCAUCAUCACUGCGGUGAAGGCCACUGGUUUGUGGGGCGACACCAGCACAGCUACAGAUGCCUUCGUGAAGGUGUUCGACUCUCAGAACUUGCAACUUGGACGAACCUCUGUGAUUUGGAACAACAACUCACCUCAGUGGAACUCAGCCUUUGACAUCGGUGAUGUCCUUCUCUCUCAGACCAGCAAGGUGAAGUUUGAGGUAUGGGACGAGGACAACAAGUGGGAUGACGACCUGCUCGGAACAUGCACCGUGGACCUCAAGGAAGGGACAAAAGAGGGUGUGUGUCGCCUGAACCACGGGAUGUUCUUCUACAAACUCCAAGUGACCUGUGGCCCAAGCCUGAGCGGCCCGUCCUGUUCUGAGUAUGUGAGCUCUCCCAUGAACGGUCACCUGGAGAGGCUGUAUGUGUCUCGCCAUUCCCGGCCCAUACCAAAGGACAUGCUCAUAAAAAUGGGAGUGUUUGGGGAUGAACACCCACGCAUUUCAAUCUGACUAAUCCAUACUGAAGCUUUCUCUUUCUUUUUUUAUAGUCUCAGAAAGGAUUUACAGUAUGUACUCAGCAAGAUUCAUAUUUAUCUAUCCUACAUUAUAUCUAUAUUUACAUUGACACUACUGCAAGUAGUAGAGACCUUUCCAGAGUAAGCACAAAGUACUCAUUCUAGUCAAUCUGACAAUGUGGAUAGCAGAUAGAAGUAGUGCAGCAUAGCCCCUGAGUCCGAUGUGCGACAGUGUUAGGCGUAUUAGGGUGUUAGAGAAUGGUUCAGAAUGGUAGUAAAGCUGAACAACUGUAAGUUCAAGCACAAAUGCUGAGAUUCUUUCCUGACAAUGAAGCAGUUUGUUUUGCUUGUCAAGGUAUAUAAAAAAGCCUUAUGCAGUUAGAUCGAGCCACAGCCUUGACCUGUUAUAUGUGUGAUAUCAACAAGAAAUCAAAAUGACAAAAAAAAAGCAAAAACUGAAAACUAAAUAUGAUUACAUUAAAUGUACCUACAUUGUAUUCACUUCUCACUGUACAUUAAUGACUAAUAAAGCAUUUGGAAGUAGGCAUAAAUUGAAGUUUCUAUUCAAUUACAUUUUGUCACUUUUUUGUGAUAUGAACACCACAUACAACUGAUUGUACAUAACGACCCCCCCCCCCCCCCAAAAAAUCCUUAGGAAUACAAAACUCAUGUCUGUGUGAUAACUGCUACAUGUGUGAGAUUAGUCCUAGACAUUAGAUGAAGCAACACCAGGAAGGAUCAUUCUGCAUUCAUGUGAAUGGUCUUUAAGGAUUAGCAAGAUAAAUUAUGCAGGAUAAAUGUUUCAAUCAUGUUCCGGUCUGACGCAUGGCGGAGUAGGUCGCAAGCCGGGAAUACUCUGUUCACAUUUGGUCAAAAUCCUUGUUAUAUCCGUCUAAUUCCAUACAAAACUGGUGCUAACGCUGACUUUAGCUGAGAAUAUGAAAAAGAUGAGUAGAAAAACAGGCCAAACGGCAGACCAACAAGUUAGAGACGCAAAACAAACUGACACAGAUAAGCUAGUGGAACAACCGGACUCUGAGGCUAACAAUCUGCUAACCCUGCCAGAUAUGGAGAGAUUGCUAACGUCCAUGGAGGAACGCAUUAUAGCGAAACUUUCUGCUCAACUGUCGGCUGAGAGAGCCAUUAUCGACCAACACCACGAAACCAUUCAACAGUUGGAAACCUCGCAUAACGACAUCCAUACAAGACUUGAGAGACUUGAAUCCACUUGUGCAGCACUCUCUCGUAAGACAACGAAGAGCUGAAAGUUAAACUGGAUGAUCUAGAAAACCGUUCCAGGCGAAACAAUAUUCGCAUAAUAGGACUGCCUGAAAAAGUUGAGGGACUGCAUCCAACUUCAUUCAUUGACACACUACUGAGAGAAACAUUUGGU